AACUCUUAGAAAAGGAUGAAAUACUUUUAUCAUUCAUUCAUUAUUUGGCACAAGGUGUUUCUUAGGGCAGCCGCCUGUCUCGAGAGCUCUCUCUCUCUUCGCAAUUGUGCACCUGCUGCGUUGCACGCACGCGCUCCAUCGCUGCCUUGCCGCAGUACUCACGCCUCCCUUGAACCUUCAGUGUUUGUUUUGUGCAUCAGAAUGGCGUCUGUAUCAGAUGACUUGAUCUGGUUGUUGGUCAAGGACAGCAACAGGUUCUUGGUGAAGAGAAAUGGAAAUAAUAACAACAGUGUUCAGUUCAGCUCAGAGCCCAACAACCUUUACAACUUGAACACCUUCAAGUACUCAGGGUUGGCAAACAAGAAAACUGUGGCCAUUGCUCCCAAUGAGGGGCUUUCAGUGACCCUGACCACCACCAAGACGAAGAAGAGGAAUCAGCCCGCUAAGGCGCUUCACAACUCCCUCUUGAAGAAGGAUUUUCGCAAAAUGGCUAAGACUGUAGUCAACCAGGUCGCCACCAAUGAUUACAGGGCCGAUUUGAAGUCUGCCGCUUUGGCCAGAUUGGCUGCAGUUCACAAGAGCUUGCGUGUGGCUAAGGCUGGUGUCAGCAAGAAGAAAUCGAAGGCCAGAACCCCAGCAAGGAAGUGAGAAGCGCUCGCUUGUCUUGGGGUCCAGGGUUGCAUUAGGCAAAUCUGGUUAAAUGGCCAUUGUGUUUCUUCCCCGUAAGCCGAUGUUGGCGUUGUUAUUGAGGCCUUAGUUUUACCAUCUGCUUUUGACUCGUGAUUGACUAAUUUCCUUGUGAAAUGUACCGAAAUGGAUUGAAUGUUGGUGAUUAACUUUCGGCACCAUAGUGUCUCAUGUGUUCCUGCUUCAAUCCCUGAAGCAUUUCAUCCC